AUGGCAAACCAGAGAGCAUUAGAACAAGCUGCUGGGAGAUCUGGAAGACAAGGGCAGCCCGGAACCGUUACCAUAUACCUUACGGACAAAGAUUUGUUUUACAAGAUUCCUAAAUUUGAAGUUGGCAAUGACAACUUGGCCAAACUUGAAUUGUAUUUCUCUGAAUACCUCAGAACAAAUUUCAAGUGGAUUUAUAACGGAAAAGAUAAAUAUGGUUUGGGAGAUAACAUGUUUCCAUUUGGUGUGACGGUCUCAAUUGUUUUAGAUAUCUUUGUGAAUCGACUCUCGAAAAUUCAAAACCCAGAAAAGUUCCAGGACAUCGCUUUGGAGAUGGUCCAAACGGCUUGGAGCGUUUUUUUCAGUCGACUUGAGAAUUCCAUUAAGAAGUGUUCAGACAUGGCUUUUUGUCAAUCAGAGUACAACAGCUUUCUUCAUGAACUGAGUGCAUGGCUCCCUCUUCAGAGUACAAAUCUUGUGAAAGCCCAGACCCACAUUUUCGGUAUAGUCAGUUAA